UGGUCCUCCUCAGUAGCAGCCCAGUUCAUCCGGAGGAGACGACCACAAAAAAGCAGCUAGCAUGCGCACACAAUUAACGUAACGUUAGUUAAAUGGCGCCCGUCGAAAGGAAAUUGUAUCAGCGGUUGCUGGUCUUCGCUUUUCUUCAUAUCUCAGGUGUUUUGUGUUUUAGCGAGUUAUUCUUCAUCAAAGAGCCCCAUGAUGUCACUGUCAUGCGGAAAGAAGCUGUUAUUUUGGACUGUCAGGCACACGGAGAGUCACCCAUCGACGUCAGAUGGCUCAAGAAUGGAGUAAAAGUAGUGGAGAACGAACGGGUCUACCAUCUCUCCAAUGGCUCCCUUUAUAUUUCCGAGGUGGAGAGCAGAAGAGGAGACAAAUCAGACGAGGGGCUUUAUCAGUGUCUUGCUCAGAACAAGUACGGAGCAAUCCUGAGCCAAAAAGCCCGUCUUACAAUCGCAAGUAUUUCUGCUUUUGCAAUCCAGCCAACACCUACAGUGGUGACUGAAGGCUCAGUUGCCAGGUUUUCCUGCAAAAUCAGUGCUCACCCUCCUUCCAUCAUCACUUGGGAGUUCAAUCGGGUCACAUUACCCCUCACCACUGAAAGAAUCACAGUCCUGCCCAGCGGUGUUCUCCAGAUCCACAGAGUGCAGCGGGCAGAUGCUGGAAAUUACCGCUGCAUCUCCACCAACAUCGCCAGCCGCCGCCGAAGCACAGAGGCUACCCUCACUGUCUCCCCAGCUCCCAGGCCUCAGCUUCCCCAAAGGCCACGUAUCAUUGCUGGGCCACAAAAUAUUUCGGUGUUGCUGCAUCAGAGUGCCAUCCUAGAGUGCAUAGCUACAGGCAAUCCCCAACCCAUCAUCUCCUGGAGCCGGGCAGACAGCAAGUCUAUUGACGUUUACAGUACCAAAGUGUUGGGGAACGGCAACCUCCUCAUCACAGACAUCAAGCCCCAGCACGGAGGAGUCUAUAUGUGCAGAGCCACCACUCCUGGCACGCGAAACUAUACAGUUGCUUCAGCAAAUAUCACCAUAUUAGCACCUCCUUCCUUGGUGGAGUGGCCAGAGAGCCUGACCCGUCCACGUGCCGGUACCGCCCGCUUUGUGUGUCGAGCUGAAGGAGCUCCAACACCUCAAAUCACUUGGCUCAAGAACGGAGAUAAAGUCCACUCCAAUGGUCGAAUCAAGAUGUACAACAGCAAACUGGUCAUCAACCAGAUCAUACCUGAGGACGAUGCCAUCUAUCAGUGCCAGGCGGAGAAUGAGCAAGGAUCGGUCCUCUCCAUGGCGAGGCUUAUUGUGGUGAUGUCUGAGGAUCGGCCGAGUGCUCCCAGGAAUAUCCAAGCCGACACCGUGUCGAGUUCUGCCAUCCUUCUGGCUUGGGAAAGGCCUCAGUAUAACUCGGAUAAAGUUAUAGCUUACUCAGUGCACUACAUGAAAGCUGAAGGAUUAAACAAUGAGGAAUAUCAAGUUGUCAUCGGAAACGAUACCACACGUUACAUUAUUGAUGACCUGGAGCCGGCUCGCAACUACACCUUCUACGUAGUGGCCUACAUGCCCAUGGGAGCCAGUCGCAUGUCGGACAACGUGUUCCAGCACACGCUUGAGGACGUUCCGCUGCGUGCACCUGAGCUCAGCCUCACCAGUCGCAGUCCCAUGGACAUCCAAGUUUCUUGGCAGCCCCUUCCAGACAAGCUGAGUCGUGGCCGAGUCUCUGCCUACCGGUUGUCUUAUCGCACUAGUACUGAGAGUACGGUUUCACAGAUCGAGCUCCCUGGAGACAAGACCCAGCAUUUCCUAGAAAACCUGAAGCCUGACACCAUCUACCUCUUACGUAUUGUUGCUGCCACCAGUGUUGGGUGGGGUGAGCAGUCUGUCUGGACAUCUCACCGCACUCCGAAGACAUCCAGCGCUCUAGUUCCUAUGGCUCCUGAACUGCGUUUAGAGCCUCUAAACUGCACAGCGAUCGUAGCGCGUUGGCAGCUGGCUCCUAGGAACUCAGUCAGUAUUCAAGGCUACAGACUCUUCCACCAUGAGGAGAGCCAAUCAGAGAGGUCCCCGGUUCAACUGCGUUCCUUGGAUAAUACAUACACCUUUGGAGGCCUAGACCCACGGAAGAAGUACCACGUUAAAAUUCUGGCUUAUAAUUUUGUGGGAGACGGCUACCAGGCUGACCAGACUAUCAGCACUCCUGGCUGUGUCUCUGUCAGAGACCGCCUCGUGCCGCCUCCACCUCCUCCACAUAACGUGUACACCAAGACUAACAGUUCGACCUCCGUGUUUCUGAACUGGGGUCGACCAGCCUUCACCUCCAGCCAUGCGGUCAACUACACUGUCCGCUGCAACCCCGUAGGCCUGCAGAACGCCUCCCUGGUGCUCUACCUGCAGACGAGUGAGCAGAACCUCCUGGUGAGAGAUCUGGAGCCAAACACCAAGUAUGAAUUUGCCAUUCGCCUUCACAUUGACCAGCUGUCUAGCCCCUGGAGCCCAGUGGUCUAUCAGAGCACUUUCCCUAAUGCUCCCACUCUGCCCCCCUCCAAUGUGAAAGUGACUCUGAUUGAAAAGGAUACAGCGCUGGUUUCAUGGAAACCUCCUGAUGAACCCAACGUAGCUGUGACACAUUACACCAUUCUGUAUGCCUCCAGAAAUGCCUGGAUAGCUGGGGAAUGGCAAGUACUGCAAAGAGAAGGAACCAUCACCAUGUCACUGCUGGAGAAGCUGAAGCCUGGCCAGAUUUACUUUGUGAAAGUGUCUGCAUCCAACCACAUGGGCGAUGGGCCAUUUUCUCAUACGAUGGAGCUAACCGUCCAAGCAGACUUCUCCUCUGGUCAUGAUCCCCGGCUCUCUCAUGGCUUCACCCACUCCACAGGCUUUUCUGAUGGCUUCUACCACCUGGACCAGAAGUCAAUGACAGGGAUCACUGUUGGAGUCUGCAUUGCUCUCAUCUGCAUCAUCAUCUGUGCUUUCAUCAUCGUCUGCAGAGGGAAAAAUAGGAAAUUUUCAGCAGCUAAAACAUAUGGAGAAGGAGUGAACACAUCUGCCUCAGUUAUAGGGCAUCUGGGCUCUGAGGGACAACCUGAACAGGCUGACGUGUACUUUCCGGUGAUGAGCCAAAAUCACUUUAUUGAUGCCAAGGGUGGUACAAAUCUCGUUAUAAAUUCUUUCGGCCCCAUUCAGUCCAGCAAUGAGAAGAAAGAGACGUGGUUUUCCUUCAGCAGUAAUGGGAAAAAGGACAGAAAAUCAGUUCAGAAUAUGACACACAUCUCCGCCUCCUACCAGCCUGGGACCCCGGUGUUGACCUUAGAAGAUGAGCUUUCAUUGUCUCCAGACCAGCCCACCACCCUGCAGGCCCUGCUCUGGCGUCCCGGUGACUCUGAGGGCUCCUCCAACAGCGAGGAAAGCCACGCAACCGGUGAUUCAGGUCGUUACUCUCACGAUGAGACAGAGAUGACAAACCUCUCAUCCGGAACCGGCAGCCGGCCUCCGUCUCUUACCGCAGAGGACGGCGAAGGCUCCGACUGCAGCGCCGCACCCAAAGAGUCAGACCAGCUGACGGAGGAAAGUCGCGGUGACCUGAAGCUAACGGUGUCUGUCGAGAGUGGCUGCUGUCAUCAUGAAGCAAAGAGCGAGUCUCAACUUUCUUUCCAAGUCUGUGUGCCUGAGUGUGUGUGAGACUGUUUGCGCCUGUGUGUGUCUGUGUGUGUGUGUGUGUGUGUGUGUGUGUGUGUGUGUGUGUGUGUGUGUGUGUGUGUGUGUGUGUGUGUGUGUGUGUGUGUGUGUGUGAGUAACUGUUACGGCACUGGUACACUUGCAAAAAGUUCAACUGCAUUCAGCUAGAAACAGAAGAGCUGAAACUAGUGAAACUUACAGUAAACUUCCUGCAGUUAUUUGUAAUGUAAAUGUACCACAGGCCUGAAUGUGAGUAGGAUUUUUCAGCCUUUUUAUCUUGGUCCAACAUGCAAUGAAGAGAAAACCGACAAAGGCCUUUUACAAUUUGGCAGGGAGGGGUACAUUUCUUUUACUUAUUUCUUUUUCAUUCAACAAAUGUCUAUAUUUUUAUUUCAUUUUAUUUUAUGUUUUCUUAUAUGUUUUUGAAGAAGAAAAAAUCUCACCCACCAUGAAUGUUUGAAAAGAAUGUGACAAAAAGUUACAUUUCUGACAUUAUUUAAGAGUUUAUCACUGGAGUGAAAGGGAAGUGUCCUUUUCACUGAUUAUCUACCUCAGUUUACCUACGGCUAAACUUACACUGUAUAUUUAAUAACUACUUAUACCUACGUCUUUUGUGAUGAACUUCCUUAGUCUCAUUACAUUUUAUACUUCCUGAUGACUUUUUUUUCCAAUUGUCAUCCAAUUCAGUUCUUUUUACUUUCGUUGUCCUGUUUUUAUGGAUGGUAAGGGCGCUGCAGCUUUCUCCUUUCGCUCCACCUCUUGUGUGGACUGAAGGCUGGGAAACAUACAGUUUGUUAUUUAUCCCCUCAGGUGUUGCUGAGGUACUGAGCCAGUAUUAAGUGUUUUGUUUUUUUAAAUCAUUUUGCCCAUUAUUGAUUAAUGGUGUGAAAAGAUAAUGAAUGUGUGCUUUUGUAUGUCGGCGUGCAGCUGCCCUCGCUAUUCCUGUUUUAUACUACCUCGAUUAAGAAUUUAUUUUCUUAUCUUAUUAUUUUACUGAGCUUAGGGAAUAAGUUUAGUACAUUUGAAAAGUCAUGUAGUGUUACAUGCUUAACUGACAGGGUAUCUUCUCAGUACUGAACUGUUGUAGAAUGUAAUUGCCUAUGAGAAUGAAUGUUUCUGGAGUUGUGCUGCCUUCCCCAAAGAUGAAAACCCCUCGUGGUUUCUCCUCAGGUACUUUAACGUCUGUUUUUCUCGACAGACUUUCGUUUAUUGACCUCUUCCUUUUUAUUCGAGUAAAAAUUCACACCAGAAGUGCUUGCAGAGGCGUGUCGGUAAAGAAAAGCUUUAUAAUUGGCCUUAAUGUGGAAAAGCAUCCAUCAGAAUUGGAAACCAAAGCCUAAUCUUUCUGAGGGAAAAGCUUCAUGUGAGGAUGCAAACCGUGAAGAAUGAUUGUAGUAACUGAAAUGGAAGUGCUCAAUCAAAGAGGAACGUGAAGAAUUGAAUGAACACCAUAAAACUAUAUUUUUGUUAGAAGAUAAUGUAGUACUGAGUACACUUUGUGGUUACCUUUUGUUCCAAGUAGUUGUCCUGUUUAGUUGGAGAGUAGAUAAAGAGUAGCACUUGUUUGCCAAGUAGUUUUGUAUUAUCUACCAAUGUGCAGCGGUGACUGUGAUGCUAUUAACCAAAGAGUUGUUUGCUACCUGACUUUAUUUUAUUCUCCGGCAGAAGGUUACUGAGGAAUGAGAAAUAAUCAAAACGCCUUAGACCAAAGAUGAAUCGUGGCCUUUGAGAUUGGUUGAGCUCCUCAAACGAAGCCUUGCACGUCAGUGGCCUUGCACGUCAGUGGCCUUGCACGUCAGUGGCCUUGGCCCGCGACAAGGAGGAAGAAGAGAGUUGCGGGUUAAAACUCUGAGGAAGUGCCAGCAGGAGGGACCGGCACUUCAUGAUAAUGGAGUUCCAGUUCAUAAUCGAUGUUAUGCACACAAAUCAAAUGAUUCUGUCGCAGAGUGCCUCAAAAACUGUUGCAAACAGAUGUCUGUAAAUUGUAGGUGAAAAUGAUUAAAUACAGUAUAUUAUAUUGAGUAGUGUCUGUGUUGCAACAGUGCAGUCGUGUGAAAAUGGCCACCCACUGAUUUUCCCCUGAGGUUCAAGUAAUUUACACAAUUUAAAAGUUUUUAUUUGGUAGAUUUCCUCACAUGGUAGAUACUUAAAAUACAUUUUAAACAAGGAAAAGUUCUUUGAAAAAACUCUUUGAGUUAACUGAGGCAGUAUCAUACAGAUUGUAAAAAAAUCAGUGGGCCCUCAAAAGUUUUCACAUUUCUGUAUUUUUAAUCAGAGGAUUCUGCGCAGGAUUCAAUCAUGGACAUUUUCGGGAUGAAAAGUUACACAAUCAGCUUAACUUUUUUUGAAAAGCAAACACGGUAAACCGACGAUUUAAAGGUCACCGUUGUGUAUUGGUAUACUGACAGACAUCUGUUGAAAAGAAUCCUAUCUUUGUGUAAAGUUUUGUCAUUGUCAGUGUCCUCAUACUCAUUUAUUGCUGUAUAAUAUGAUGUACUUCAAGAAAGCAGGAGGAGAGCUGUUUCUUAAUCAUUUAUUUUGAUUAAUUCAAGUUUUUUUUAUCAGUUGAGUCAUGAUUUUCUUUGCAAAGUAAAACAAGGCUAUACAUUUCCAUUUGGACCAGAUCCAUAAUUUAUUCCUAUAACCUGUAUACUUUCAAAGCUUUAAUCAAUUCUGAAUUAAAAAAAGCCUUGUGCUUAUUUUCUGAACCCAAAAUGUUAAGAAGUGAUGUUUUAAAGUUUAGAUUAGAUGCUGACCUUUAAUCGCCAACACACUGCCAGAGUCAUACAUGUUCUGGAUUGGGCCUUUUUCUUGUUCAUACAUAAUUCUUAAGUGCUACCUCUGGUUUAUAGCUUAAAGGUGCAGAUGACAUUUACUUUAAUAAUGAAUAGUUAUAUAAUAGAAGUCAAGAUCCUCCUGCAAAUAUCCCGAGAUGUCGGUCUGUUGUUUUUCUUUCCAUCAAUAUCUUAUGUUGGUAUGAUGUUUCUGUCCAAACCUGUUUGUUUUCAAAAUUGAAAGGGAUGAGACACAGUCCUAUUUUGUUAUAAUAGGCUAUGAUAUGAGGUGGAGCACUGCGGGUCAUUUUUAGUCAGACUCAGGGGAACCCACAGCUGCUCCUCCUCAGAGAAAAGGCAGGUUUUAAGUCUUAAAAAUUGAAUGUACCUUAUUGUAAUAAUUCUGUUUUUUGAUAUGUUCUCUUAAUGUUUUGUAAUAUUUUGUCUUUGUCAGCAAAGUCAAAUGUAAGUUGUUUCUUUGCCCAAACAUGGUUUA